AUGGCGCCGUGCGGUGUCAAACGCGUGUGGAGCACUCAAUGGGCUUUCUUGGCGGAACUCCAGAACGGUGAAUUCGUGGCUUGGGGGAACGAGGGCUCUGGAGGUAACAUUGCUGCUGCUGGGGUGAAGGCGUCCUUGGAGAAAGUUGGAGUGAAACACGUGUGGAGCACUGGCAGGGCUUUCCUGGCGGAACUCCAGAACGGCAAAUUCGUCGCUUGGGGGGAGGCUUGGGGAGACAAAGACUAUGGAGGUGACAUUGCCGCGGUGAAGCCAUCCUUGGAGAAAGCAGGAGUGAGACGCGUGUGGAGCACCGGUUAUGCUUUCCUCGCUGAACUCCAGAACGGCGAAUGCGUGGCUUGGGGGCACAGCACCCGAGGAGGUGACAUUGGCGGGGUGAAGGUUUCCUUGGAGAAAGUUGGAGUGAAAAACGUGUGGAGCACUUUGUACGCCUUCCUGGCUGAACUCCAGAAUGGUAAAUUCGUGGUGUGGGGGCUAAAGGACCACGGAGCUGACCUUGACGCGAAGAAGAAGGCAUCCUUGGAGAACGCUGGAGUCAAAUACGUGUGGAGCACUGCUGGUGCCUUCCUCGCCGAACUCCAGAGCGGAGAAUUUGUCGCUUGGGGGCACAACGGCUAUGGAGCUGACAUCAGCGCGGUGAAGCCUAAACUGGAGAGUGGAGUGAAACACGUGUGGAACACCAAUGGUACCUUCCUCGCCGAACUCCAGAGCGGUGAAUUCGUCGCUUGGGGGGACAAGGGGCACAAGUCAAGAGGAGCUGGCAUCGACAGGGUCAAGGUUUCCCGAAAAGAAAAAAUUGUGAAACACGUGUGGAAUUGGAUCAAACAUCCCUUCCGCGCCGAACUCCAGAGCGGUGAAUUCGUACCUGAGAGGAGCAAGUACAGUAAGGUGUGGACGGUGAAGGAAUCCUUAGAGGAGGCAGGAGUGAAACACGUAUGGAGCACUCACGGUGCCUUCCUGGCGGAACUCCAGAGCGGCGAAUUCGUGGCUUGGGGGGACAAGUCAGGAGGAGCUGGCAUCGACGUGGUGAGGCCUUCGUUGGAGAAAGCAGGCGUGAAACGCGUGUGGAGCGCUUACUAUGCCUUCCUCGCGGAACGCCAGAACGGCGAGUGCGUGGCUUGGGGGCUAAAGGACUACGGAGGUGCUUGGAGGAAGGAGGACUGGGGAGGUAACCUUGGCGCGGUGAAAGCCUCUCUGGACAGGAAGGCGCAAGGCUCGCCCUACGCGGCCGUGGCCGCCCUCCGGAGGAGAGUGGAAGGCUGA